AUGGGGAGCUACGCAUUCCGAUGGCCAUAUCCUGCGAACGAGGUAUUUGUCACCGGCAGCUUUGAUGAUUGGGGUAAAACGGUGAAGUUGGAUCGCUAUGGCGAUGUCUUUAAGAAGGAGGUUCAACUUCCGUCGGCAGACGAGAAAGUGCAUUACAAGUUCGUCGUCGACGGCAUUUGGACGACGGAUAGCAGUGCUGCCGAAGAGGACGACGGAAGCGGGAAUAUCAAUAACGUUCUCUACCCCGGUCAACUCAAACAAGCAUCGAAUUCAUCACAAAUCAACGGUACCACAAUGGCGACCGUUACUCCAGAUGAGACCAAGGAUUCCGAGAAGAGGGCCAAUGCGGCAACCAUCUCAUCCGCCGCCCCCGGAUCGACAUCUGCAGACCUCGCCAAGGCUGUGCCCCUUGAACAGAGAUCCGACGUUCCUGGCACUUUCCCAGAAACUCCUGGACAAGAAGCAGAAACAUUUUCUGUCAACCCUAUUCCGGCUUCUGGUACCAGUGGCAACCCAAUCAGCCUGAAACCAGGCGAGAAGGUGCCCGACCCCAGCACUUUCACCAGCAACACCGUCCAGUCCACUGCUCGGACAGAUUCUGCCGGCUACACGCAAGAUCCCAGUGCUGCAACUGUUCUCGCGGGCGAGUCGACGAAAGCCAGCGACUUCGCAGUGCCUCCUGUUUCCGGAAACAUGAUUCCUGAAUCAAGCCUCCCCAUGGGUGAGCCCAGUGCUACCAUCCAGUCUGCAGCACCCACUUCCACAACUGCCGCUCUUGCUGCCGCUGUCCCACUCGAGUCUCAAAGGCACCAGGCGAACGCUGGGGGGAUAGUCGAUGAGGUUCCGAGAGUCGUGAGGGAAUCAAUUGCCGAGUCCCACAGAGACCCCGAGGCCGCUGUAAACAAGGAGGCUGUCGAAGAGAAGAAGGAAAUGGAGAAUGAACUUCAAAGACGAGUCAGCAAGGAAGAGUCUACUGGUUCACCUGCCCCGAGCACCACUGCUGGUUUUGCUGCAACUCAAACGAACGGCGGAGCACCUGUCGAUGAAGUGCCUGAAGCCGUGAAGCACUCCAUUGCCGAAGCUCACAAGGACCCCGAGGCCGCUGCUAAUCCGGAGGCCGUCGAGGAGAAGAAGGAGAUGGAGGAUGAGCUGCAGAAGAUGGUCCCCAAGGAAGAAUAUGCAGGCGAGCCUGCUCCCACUGCCACUGCCGCUACUACUGAGACCGCUCCUCGAGCCACAGGCGUUGAGCCUGAGUCGCAGUCAAUGUCUCCCGGAACCGCCACCCCUCAGGGUCCCACCGUUACUACCGGUGUUGCCUCGGCGAAGGCCCCGGAAGUUUCUGGUCCCGGAGUUGGUCCCGAAGCUGGUCCUGGAGCUGGUGCCAGAACUGGUCAAAAUGAGGGCACGACAACCCUCAUGCCUAGCACAAUUCCCGAUAAAUCUGCCGCUCCUUCCGAGCCCCAGACCGCUGCGACCUCGACACCGUCACAACCUACGACUGCUCCUGCCACCACCGCUCCUCAGGAACAGACAGCAGCCACCACUAACGGUCAGUCCAAGCCAGCGGGCCAGAGCAACGGCAUGAAGAAUGGAUUCAGAGAGGAGAAGAAGAAAAAGAAGAGCUUCUGGUCCCGGCUCAAGGAAAAGCUCAAGUAG